CUAGUUUGCAAUUGUUUUUCCUCUCAAUUUUUUCUCUUUCAGCCAUGACUAGAAAGAAGGUCAGCCUGACCUACAUCACUAAUGACUCAGCUAGAAAAGCCACAUUCAAGAAAAGGAAGACGGGUUUGAUGAAGAAGGGGAAUGAACUUAGCACCCUUUGUGAUAUUCAAGCAUGUAUUGAUCUGAACGACCUCGGGUGGCUCAUUGACCAGAACUUGAAAGAGCUUGUUGACAAGAUCAAGACCCGAAAGGAGGAGCUAGCUUAG